CCCGGAAGCGUUGCCAUGGCGGCCGCCGCGCUCCGCGGCCUGGGGGCAUCGCUGGAGACACACCGGGGACGGGACCGGGCCGUCCGUGCCCUGUCCUACGGCCUCCAGCUGGCGGGGGGAGCCCUGCCCGGCCCGGGGGGGCUGCCGAGGGGCCUCCUGGCCGCCUCUGCCCAGCUCAGCUCCUGCCGCACCGUCCUGCGCCUCUUUGACGACCUGGCCAUGCUCCGGCACAGCUGCGGCUACGGGCUGGGCCCCGAGGACGAGGAUGUGCUGGUGCGGGGGCUCAGCGUGCUCUGCAACGUGGCCAACCAGCUCUACUACCCCUGCGAGCACCUGGCCUGGGCAGCCGAUGUUGGGAUCGUCCGCGCCAGCUCCCACAGGUGGUGGACCCUGAGCACGGCGCUCUGGGGCUCUGCCCUGCUCCUGGGAAUCCUGCGGUCCCUGAGGGUCUUGUGCCAGUUGAGGAGAAAACUGAGGCAGCACAAGGGCAGCACAUCCUCACCCCAGAGCCAGAAGUUGAGAGCCCAGGUGAAGGCGGAGGUUCUGAGCAUCCUCACGGACGCAGCAGAUCUUUCCAACGCCAUCCACUGGCUGCCUCCAGGAUUCCUCUGGGCUGGAAGGUUCCCCCCGUGGUUAGUGGGGCUCCUGGGGACCAUCUCCUCCCUGAUUGGAAUCUACCAGGCAUCCAGAGGAGGAAAUUCUGAAGCUGUGUAAAUAAUCGAGCUCCGGGGGCCAAAUUCCACGUGGUAAAAGUGCCUUUGGUGGGGCAGGGUGUAUUUUAAUUUUCCUGGGUGUUACUGAUUGUAAUUCCACACAUCCUCUGUGUGGGUUGUAAUUGGGACUGGAAUCAAGGUGUCUGUUGCAGAGAGGACUGUUUGCAGUUGACAGUUUUUGCCUCUCUCCAUCAGAGAAACCUUUCAGGAGAAUCCUCUGAAAAUCAACCUACGGUUGGUAAAACUGAGGGGGGAGGGGAAAAAAAGUGCCUUCCAUCCUUCCUUCCUCUGUCCCAAAAGAUAAAUGCAACCUUCCAGUGUUUUCUGGGAGAAAAGAGCACAAAGUCAGUGUUAGGUGGAAAAACUGCCCUGGUUCUGUCCCACAAAACUCCUAAGGGACAAAUCCUGCUGGGUCAUCCUCCAGGACAGGGGCACAGUCCUGGGAGUGUCUCUGUCAGAUAUUCUGGGGUUUGAGCACAGAGCAAAAAGAGGAGUGAAAAGUUUUGUUUGUGGCAGAGGCAAGAGGGGAAGGAAACAGCAACUGGAAGCAGAGCGAAGCUUCCUUCUAGUCUGCCUUGCUCAUUCAAGGAAAAAUCGAGGAAGUUGAGAUUUCCAGGAGCUCUGAGGCUCCAGCUGUGCCUUCGUGGGAUGCCACCGGGUGGAGCUCUUCCACCAGGCUCCGGCAGCUGCCAACAGUCUUUUUAUUUAUUUAUUAAAAAAAAAAAAAAAGACAGGAAAUUUAUGAAUCACCUUUCAAAGGAGCAAUCAAACCGAUGCCGAGAUGGGCUUUGCAGUUAACAGUUCUGGGCGUUGCCGAUAAUAAACGACACGAAUCAAAGGUGGCCUUGAGUGAUCAUUCCCUCUGAGAGCAGGGAAAAAGCUCUUGAGCUGGUUCUGGAAAGCUCCAGGCAGUUCCCAGGGGUCAGAAAACACGAGCUGCAGCUCCCCAGUGUGUUACCAGCCUUCCUCCCACCGAAAUAAAUCCGAGCCCCUGACUGGCUGCCGUGGAAAUGCACCCUUUGGAAUCAGUUCUGCUUAGUCUGCUUGGUGUCCCUGCACCAUUCCAGGGGCCUUGACCUUGUUUUUGUUGUCGUUUUUGGCGUGGACAGGGGGAGCUGUGUCCUGCCUGUGUUCAAAGAGCAGAGCCAGGGCUGGAUGCUCUUUAUCCUUUGCCCUGGCCUUGCUGUUUAUCUGGACCUUCACCCUGCAGAGCGUCCCUUUCCUGGCUGUGCUGGGAAUUUCGUGCUGGAUUUACAGGUUUUGGUACAAUUCUGAGUGUAGGCAGAGCUUACCUGGAGGUAAACUCUUUUUUGAUGACAAAUUUGUAAAACUCUACACCUUGCUUUAAUUUUAACACAUAGAAAGGACACUUUCUAUAUCAUAAACUGCUCUAAGUGCAUUUGCUUCAUCCAAUUCCUCAUGAAAUGAUUUUAAGUUACAGCUGGUGGAGCUGAAACGUGCAGAGAUAAAGCGAAAUGGGGUGAUUCAGGA